AUUAAUCCUGUACCAUCUUUGCCCCAGGCAAAGUGGUCCUCAGGGCUGGGGAACAAACGCUGGCCUGCAAUGUUGUGUCAGGUGCUCACGGAAUCCCAGAAAGCUACAAGGAAGAGUCUGCUGAAGGGUCGGGUCAUGGACUUGAUCACCUCUACAACCGUCCUGUCCCUGCUGUUUGGCUCCCUGGGCACCUUUGGCCUCUUCUGGCUGCUGCAAUGGAUGCGCACAAAGGCUUACCUGCGGAACGCUGUGGUGGUGAUUACAGGCGCCACCUCAGGACUGGGGAGAGAAUGUGCCAAAGUCUUCCACGCUGCGGGAGCUAAGCUGGUGCUCUGUGGCCGGAAUGUGGAGGCCCUCGAAGAGCUCACCAGAGAGCUCACUGCUUCUCAUGCCUCACAGAGGCACACACACAAACCCUACACGGUGACCUUCGACCUCGCAGACCCCAAGGCCAUUACUGCUGCAGCAACCCAGAUCCUGCAGUGCUUUGGCUAUGUGGACAUCCUUGUCAACAAUGCUGGGAUCAGCUAUCGUGGCACUAUCCUGGACACCACAGUGGAUGUAGACAAGAGGGUCAUGGAGAUAAACUACUUUGGCCCUAUUGCUCUAACAAAAGCACUCCUGCCCUCCAUGAUUAAGAGGAGGCAAGGCCACGUCGUCGCCAUCAGCAGCAUCCAGGGAAGAAUCAGCAUUCCUUAUCGGUCAGCAUACGCAGCCUCCAAGCAUGCUACCCAGGCAUUCUUUGACUGCCUGCGGGCCGAGAUAGAGCAGGAUGGUAUCAAGGUGACUGUGAUCAGCCCCGGCUACAUCCGCACUAACCUCUCUGUAAAUGCUGUCACUGCUGACGGCUCCAGAUAUGGAGCUAUGGACAAAAACACAGCCCAGGGCCGAAGCCCUGCAGAGGUAGCCCAGAACAUUCUUGCUGCCGUGAAGAAGAAGAGAAAAGAUGUGAUCCUGGCUGACUUAGUGCCAUCCUUGGCCAUUUAUCUUCGAACUCUGGCUCCUGGAGUCUUCUUCAGCAUCAUGGCCUCCAGAGCCAAAAAGGAGCAGAAGUCCAAGACCUCCUGAUGCUGGUCAGAGCCGGCAGCUCCAGCCAGCCUGACCAGCACACCUUCCUAGAUGUGCUUGCUUCACAGAGAUACUGCAUGUGUUGAUACCUUCACCUAAGUGGAGGUCUGUUUCCUGGUGGGGGGUGGGGGGGUCAUUAGAAACACUUCUGCAGGUUCCUGCUCAGCCCUGAUGCGGAGAAUUGAAAGCAAAACUAGCAAUAAACUUCUUUCCUGGGGUGAGGGGUAAACACUUAAGGAGUAAAUAUGGAGCUAUGCUUUAACACUAAAAAUAUGAAAUAAAUGACUGGAAUGUUAAAGAGUCAUGGUCCUCAAGGACUAAAAGAACCGUGUGUCCUUUCCAUUCCAGCCCCCACCAGCAACCACAAGUCAUUUUGGUCAUGUCACAGCACCUGACCCAGUUUUCAUAUCUGACUUACCCAAGAUUACUUACCUAAUUGUUUUGGUCCAGAUACCACCUCCUGUGCUCAGGGUCCUGUAAUAGUUCACUCUCUGUAGAAAACAGGCCAGUGUGUUACACAGUUACUUGGCUAUCCCAAGUGAUGUCGGCCUUAGCACCAACAGGAAUUCCUCAUAUCCUUGUCAACUCUCAUCGUGACCCAGUAGUGCACAGAGCACUUCUGCCAGCAUAUGAACUUACUGAAGAGAUAGAGCCAAAAAGAGGACCCCUGCCUAGCCCUAGGCAUCCCUUAGGAAAGGAAACCUCAGAAACUGACCGGGUGGCCAGAGGUUCUGAGGCAGUACCUGGUCUUUUGGUGGAAUGGAUUCCUUAGUGGUAAACCAGUUAGGGCAGAGACAGAACACCUGAGUCCACCU